UAUACAUUUUCUUGGAGAGUGUGCUAGUGAUGCAAGUAAAAUGUUCAACUUGCUUCGAUUUGGAUAUAGAAUAAAGCAAGCUUGUCCGGCACAAAACACAGAAGCGACGGCGACCGGUGACCGGUCAGCGGGCCGUGACGACGUGCGUCGGGAGAACGAGCAAAUAAGCGCGGAACUGGACACCCUGGGAAGGGAACACAAAAAGCUUAAGCAGAUCGUGGAGCAGCUCACGAGAGACUACGAAGACUCCAAGUCGUACGAUCCGCUCCGCCGGUACGAGAGGCUCAAGGGAAUGAUCAAGCGAACUAUAAUGCACCUAAAGCUCAACCCAGAUGAGCCAAACACGAUACAAGCCGUAGGAGUCGGCGGGCUGGUUCAAGGCUGCAAGGACUUCAGUCACCAGGCUGAGAGCGCGCGGCGGAGGGAGGAUAAAUACGCAAAAUUGUCAAGACAAGAACUGCAACAGGAGAACGUUCAGUUACAAGGGCAGGUGCGCGAGUUGCGCCGGAAGUGCGCAAUAAUUCGUGACGUCAUCGACAAUCUCCAGAAACACUUUGAUGCCUCAAAGCGCCAACCGGCAAUACAGCGCUACACAAUGUUAAAGACAAUGGUGAAAAAUGUCAUUCAUGACGAGCUUAUCUAACAUGCAUGCUGAAUGUUCCUUAUUUACUCAUUCAGCGUAGAUAGUAUGCAUGUGUAUACUUUAACCGGUUGAAAGUUGAUAGUAUUUUAGUAUGCUGGACUUUUACGUAUGAAAUGGUGCUUCCUCUAUGUUUUAUAAUGAAUGAAUACGAAAUCCCUUGCAUUUAUAUUUAUGUACGAUGUUGAUUAAAUGAUCUGCUUUCUAUCUCA